AUGUCGGAGUUCCUUACACCCGCUCCAGAGCCAUCCACUGAGCUGGGUCGCUACCGCAUCCUCUCAUCGACCGCGGGGAUCCGCGUCCUGGGCUCAAUGGACAAAGAGUCCUCGUUCAAACUGCUGGAUGCCUUUGUCGAAGCCGGCGGCAAUUUCAUCGACACUGCAAACAAUUACCAAGACGAACAAUCAGAAGCAUGGAUAGGUGAAUGGAUGGCUUCUCGGAAAAAUCGCGACCAACUUGUAAUUGCCACCAAGUACACUGCAGACUACGAGAGAGAGAGGCUUAUAUUAUAG